CAGCUUGCAGUAGAGAGCUAAACUGGUCAGGAGGAUGGCGAAAUGCAGGGUGAGAGUAUCCACGGGGGAAGCCUGUGGGGCUGGCACAUGGGACAAAGUGUCUGUCAGCAUCGUGGGAACCCACGGAGAGAGCCCCUUAGUACCUCUGGACCAUCUGGGCAAGGAGUUCAGCGCCGGUGCUGAAGAAGACUUCGAGGUGACGCUUCCCCAGGACGUAGGCACUGUGCUGAUGCUGCGAGUCCACAAAGCACCCCCGGAAGUGUCCCUCCCGCUUAUGUCUUUCCGUUCUGAUGCCUGGUUCUGCCGCUGGUUCGAGCUGGAGUGGCUACCUGGGGCUGCACUCCACUUCCCCUGUUAUCAGUGGCUGGAAGGGGCGGGGGAGCUGGUGCUGAGAGAGGGAGCAGCAAAGGUGUCCUGGCAAGACCAUCACCCUACACUGCAGGAUCAGCGCCAGAAGGAGCUUGAGUCCAGGCAGAAGAUGUACAGCUGGAAGACUUACAUUGAAGGUUGGCCUCGCUGCCUUGACCACGAGACUGUGAAAGACUUGGACCUCAACAUCAAGUACUCUGCGAUGAAGAAUGCCAAACUCUUCUUUAAAGCCCACUCCGCGUAUACGGAGCUGAAAGUCAAAGGGCUCCUGGACCGCACAGGACUCUGGAGGAGUCUGAGGGAGAUGAGAAGGCUGUUUAACUUCCGCAAGACUCCAGCAGCAGAGUAUGUGUUUGCACACUGGCAGGAAGAUGCCUUCUUCGCCUCCCAGUUCCUAAAUGGCAUCAACCCGGUCCUGAUUCGCCGCUGUCACAGUCUCCCAAACAACUUCCCGGUCACUGAUGAAAUGGUGGCCCCAGUGCUGGGCCCUGGAACCAGUCUGCAGGCUGAGUUGGAGAAGGGCUCCCUGUUCUUGGUGGAUCAUGGCAUUCUUUCUGGAGUCCACACCAACAUCCUCAAUGGAAAGCCUCAGUUCUCUGCAGCCCCGAUGACCCUGUUACACCAGAGCUCAGGGUCCGGACCCCUGCUUCCCAUUGCCAUCCAGCUCAAACAGACUCCCGGGCCAGACAACCCCAUCUUCCUGCCCAGCGAUGACACGUGGGACUGGUUGCUGGCCAAGACCUGGGUUCGCAAUUCUGAGUUUUACAUCCAUGAGGCUGUCACACAUCUGCUGCAUGCCCAUCUGAUUCCAGAAGUCUUUGCCUUGGCCACAUUACGUCAGCUGCCUAGGUGUCACCCUCUCUUCAAGCUAUUGAUUCCUCACAUUCGGUACACACUGCACAUCAACACGCUUGCCCGGGAGCUGCUCGUUGCCCCUGGGAAGUUGAUAGACAAGUCCACAGGCCUUGGCACUGGGGGAUUCUCUGACCUGAUAAAGAGAAACAUGGAGCAGCUGAACUACUCUGUCCUGUGUCUCCCUGAAGAUAUCCGAGCCCGAGGUGUGGAAGACAUCCCAGGCUACUAUUACCGAGAUGAUGGGAUGCAGAUCUGGGGGGCAAUAAAGAGCUUUGUCUCUGAAAUAGUCAGCAUCUACUAUCCAAGUGACACAUCCGUCCAAGAUGACCAAGAGCUCCAGGCCUGGGUGAGGGAGAUCUUCUCUGAGGGCUUCCUCGGCCGAGAAAGCUCAGGUAUGCCCUCCUUGUUGGAUACCCGGGAAGCCCUGGUCCAGUAUAUCACCAUGGUGAUAUUCACCUGCUCAGCCAAGCAUGCAGCUGUCAGUUCAGGCCAGUUCGACUCUUGUGUUUGGAUGCCCAAUCUGCCACCUACCAUGCAGCUACCACCACCUACUUCCAAAGGCCAGGCCCGGCCUGAGAGUUUCAUAGCCACGCUCCCAGCAGUUAAUUCGUCAAGUUAUCACAUCAUUGCUCUCUGGCUGCUAAGCGCAGAACCUGGGGACCAAAGGCCCCUGGGCCACUAUCCAGAUGAACACUUCACAGAGGAUGCCCCCCGGCGAAGCGUGGCUGCCUUCCAGAGAAAGCUGAUCCAGAUCUCCAAGGGCAUCAGGGAGAGGAACCGAGGCCUGGCACUGCCCUACACCUACCUGGAUCCUCCCCUCAUUGAGAACAGUGUCUCCAUCUAACAUCUUGGAGAAGACAGUCCUGUGUGACAUAUAGAACUCUUGACCAUGCCUCUCCAGGCUAAGUCCCCGUAUGCUUCUCCUGGACAACCAAGCCCCAUCUUACACACACACACACACACACACACCUAAUAAAAUCGAAACAGAAAAACCUAAACUCCCACAGAAGGCAAGAUCUCACACAGCAGAGAGCCAUCCAAAUGUUUGGAGACCCUGAGCUUCAGCUCUGAUUAACGGCUUUGCUGGUUUGCUUUGCUUUCUAUUCCAUUAACCAUGGACGGUAACAGAAAGCACAGAACCCUGGUUCACUGCACAAAGCCACUGAGAUCUCACCCUCACCUGACACAAAGGCAGCUAUCAUACAGGCUUAUCAGGAACACAGGAAUUUGUCCAAUCAAAGCCUACCCACUAGGUCCAUCGUGACCUACGACCUCACACUGGCAUGCUUUAGCUUUGAGAAGGGAUUACUGGAGUCAGGUACGAAGAGAAGGACAGGACGAAGGCAUGGCUCCAUGUGGAAGAACAUAUCUGCUCUUCCAGAUGACCAGGGUAGCUCACAGCCAUGUGUCAUUCUAACUCCAGAGGUCUCUAGUGGCCAUGAAGACUCCAGGCAUUCAGGGGAUAUACCAGUAGACACCAAAAUUAUACUUUUUAAGAGAGAGGAAUGGGCUGGAGAGAUGGCUCAGCGGUUAAGAGCACUGACUGCUCUUCCAGAGAUCCUGAGUUCAAUUCCCAGCAACCACAUGGUGGCUCACAACCAUCUGUAAUGGGAUUCGAUGCCCUCUUCUGGCGUGUCUGAAGACAGCGACAGUGUAUGCACAUAUAUAAAAUAAAUAAAUCUUUAAAAAACAAAACAAGAGAGAGGGACAUGCUACCAUUUCUACCUCACUUCUUCUCAAAGCCACCCCUAAAGUGAAUUGUGAACCAGGUCCCCUUUGCAGAGAGUUAGAAGAUAUUCUCAAACCUCUAAUACCUUCACAUCUAAAAUCCAUCUUCAUUCCAAAAUUCCAAUAUUUUAUAUACACUCUCCAGUUUGGUGGGUGAGGGGUUGUUUUUUGUUUGGUUUGGUUUGGUUGGGGUUUUGUUUUUGUUUUUGAUUUUGUUUUUCUCUGGUUCAGACUCCAUGGACGUUCAUUAAUGUCAUAAAUGAGUUCAUUCCAAGUUGCCUGGUGAUUUUCAUAUUACAGGCAUCAAAGUUUUGGAUCUUC